AUGAAGGCGGUCAUGGGCGCGGCCAAAGGCCUCCUCUUCGGAGGCAACGGCCCACCUCCGGUGGGCGAGGCCUGGUGGCCGCCCCCUGACAAGCCUCCGCUCUUGCCGCCGCCCAUCUCGCCCUACUUCCAGGGCCAGCCAGCAGCCAGAGCCGGUGCCAUCGCCACAGAGUCUGGCUGGUACGGCGCGCUGGCAGACGUUGCCAGCGUCAAAGCGCAGCGAGAGUACGCCAACGCCAUGUACUACUCCGAUGAAGCCGUGGAACCAAAGCUGGUGAAGCAGCGGGCUACGGGCAGGCUGCAGUAG